AUGAGCCCCUUCCGGUUGGUGUAUGGUAAAGCCUGCCACUUACCGGUGGAAAUUGAACACAAAGCAUAUUGGGCCGUCAAGGAGUGCAAUCUAAAUUUGGGUGGGGCCGGAAUUGAGAGAAAGUUACAAUUGGCGGAAUUAGAAUGUUUGAGAUUAGAGGCCUAUGACAACUCUAGGCUCUACAAAGAAAAGAUGAAAGCCAUCCAUGUUAAGAACAUUAGGAGAAGGGAAUUUAGACCCGGUGAACUAGUUUUCCUUUACAAUUCAAGGUUGAGAUUGUUGCCUAAAAAGCUAAGAUCGAGAUGGGAGGGACCCUAUCAAGUAGAGAAAGUGGAACCUUAUGGAGUCUACCAUUUGCGCCAUCCCUCAAGUCCGGACAUUUUCAAGGAAAAUGGGCACCGUCUCAAAUUAUAUCAUGGUGAGCAAAGGAAGAGCACCAAGGAGAUUGAGGUAUUCCUUUCGGAAGAUGUACCUCUUGACAAAGAGCAUUGA